AUGACUGACAUAGGACCCAUUGAGACUCCAAGCUACGACAGCCACAACCGGAUGCACGUGCUGGCCAACGGCGACAUUGUAGACUGCGGACGCCUGCCGCAGACGGCUCGCAACAAUCUUUACAAGACUGAACUUUGCAAGCAUUAUACAGAGAAUGGCAACUGCCGCUAUGGCUCCAAGUGCCAGUUCGCCCACGGUGAGGAUGAGCUGCGUGGCGUCCUGCGCCACCCCAAGUACAAGACCACACGCUGCAAGGCCUAUUUGUCCACGGGCAAGUGCAUGUACGGCUCGCGGUGUCGCUUUAUUCACACCCGACACCCUGGCGAGGAGGAUCAGCGGUUUGUCAACUACGGCAGCAGCGACUUGUCGAGUACCGCGAGCGAGUCAGACGAUCAGGAGCCACAGUCGAAGGAUCUGCUGGUGAACCCGUACGGCAAUGCAUUGGAACCGAUUGAUUUGUCUCAGCCGUUCGGCGGCAUGUCAUUGGCGCCGUUGUCAGGUUUGUCACCGGCCACAACAGAGUUUGACUCUUACCUAAGCCAGCACUCGCUCCUAGACUAUUCUUUCCAGAGCAGCGACCUCGGCAGUUUUGGUUUGCGUAGCAGCAUCACAAGUAGCUGCAGUGCCGAGGGAUUGAACGCUGUCUCGCCACGAUCUGCGAGCAGCACAGAGUCUGCGACAUCCAAGUUUUCUCGUCUGACGAUCUUCCAGCGCAUUUGUCGCGAGGAUGAGUAA